AUGACGCCCCCAGGCACGGUGUUCCUGUACGGCCAGACUGGCAGUGGCAAGACCUUCACCCACGAGGCCAUCACGAGGGCAGCGGUGGCCUCCAUCUUUGGCCGCGCCCUGGAGGAGAGCGGGCGCGAGCUGGCGGCCGUGACGCUGUCGGUGGUGGAGAUCUACUGCGAGCAGAUUAGGUGCCUGCUGACCGGGCGGGACGUCACCCUGCGGCAGCCGCAGCGCGGCGGCUGCGUGCUGCUGGAGGGAGCCGGCGAGCAGGCGUGCGCCGGCGAGGAGGAGAUGCUGGCGCUGGUCAACGCAGCCAAGGCGCGCCGCGCCAUCGGCGAGACCCGCGCCAACGCGCGCAGCAGCCGCUCGCACCUCGUGGUGCGCGUCCGCCUCGAGGUGCUGGAGCUCUGCACCGGAGGCGGCGGGGUCGAGGGGGACGGGGCCGGCGCCGGCGGUGGCGCCUUGCCGCACGAGUUCAGCGGCUCCGGUGGCUGCGGCGUCAGCGUCAGCGGCAGCGGCGGCGCCAAGGGGGUAGCGUUUGGUGUGCUCAACCUGGUGGACCUGGCCGGCAGCGAGCGCGUGGAGAAGAGCGGCAGCGCUGAGAGCAAGGCGCUGAUGCGCGAGGCGCUGAACAUCAACAAGUCCCUGCUGUGCCUGGGCAACGUGGUGAACGCGCUGGCGGAGAGGGCGGAGGGCCGCAAGGUGCACGUCCCGUACAGGGACUCCAAGCUGACGCGACUGCUGGAGGACGCCCUGGGCGGCAGCGCGCGCACGGCCCUGGUGGCGUGCGCCACGCCGCUGCCCGGAUUCCACCUGGAGCAGACCCGCGCGACCCUGGACUUUGCGGCGCGCGCGGCGCACAUCGUGUGCACGCCGCAGCGCAACGUGGUGGCGCUGGACCCGCCGGCGGACUCUGGCGAGGCGGUGGCGGCGAUGCAGGGGGAGGUGGUGCGCCUGAGGGAGGCACUGGCCGCGCAGGCAGCAGAGUGCGAAGCCCUGCGCGCGCGCCUCACCAGCGGCUGCGGCGGCGACCCCGCGGCUGCGGCGGCUGCUGUGGGCCCCGCCAGCGCGCUCGAGCGGCUGAAGCGGCUCAGCCUCAAGCGCGGUGGCGGCGGCUCGAGGGGCCACAGCGGCGGGGGCGCCGGCGCGGCCUGGCCCGGCGUGGCGGGGCCUGGCAGCCUGGCGGGCGGCAGUGGGGCCUGCAGCGGCGCGCGCACGCCGGAGCUGGCGAGCGUAGGGGGUGCGCACGGCGACGACGACCGCAGCAGCAGAGCGCGCGCUGCGUCGGCCAUCUCCCGUCAGUCGUUGCCGGGCGUCUCGCCCGUCGGCUCGCUGCUGUGGCGCAUGCUGCACCCCAACCGCAGCACGGACGGCCUGGGCAGCCUGCUGGACCCGGCGUCGUCUGAUGGCCACGCGGCGCCGCAGCACCGCGGCUGUGCCGGCGGCCUGCUGCACACCACGGGCUCGAUGAUGCAGGGCUGGGGCGGCGCCGGCAGGAGCGAAGCCGCGGCGCACGGGGCGUGCGAGCGCAAGUGGGCGUCGCAGGGCGGCAUCACGGCGCCCCGCAGCGGCGGCGGCCUGCGGCGCAACUUGUCCCUUGGCGGUUGUGAGGUGGGCGCUGCUGCCGCGGCCACCGCGCAGCGCGCAGAGGCGUUGAACACGGGCGGCAGCGCGCGGCGGGUGACCGACGGCGACUGCAGCGCGGAGGGCCACGCGUCCGCCGCGGCGCGCGACGCGUCGCUGCGAGAGCACAUCAUCCGCCAGCUGGUGGCGCUGCUGCAGCAGAAGAAAGGCGAGGUGCGGGCCCUCAAGGAGAACGUGGCGAGCCUGGCGGAACGGCUGGCGGCUGCGGAGGCGGAGCACGCGGCGAAGGACGAGCGGCUGCGGCAGAUGGUGGAGGGCAUAGCGCGGCUGGGGGCGGCGCGGCACGAGGAGUUUGCAACAUGGUCAUCCCACCUGGCGGGGCUGGAGGCCGCGGUGGUGGCGGCGCAGCAAGAGGCACUGGCAUACCGGGACGAGGCCACGGGGCUGCAGGCGGCGCUGGCGGAGGCGACGGCGCGCUACACGGCGCAGGCAGAGCAGCUGCGGCGCACCAGCCUGGUGGUGCUGCAGACGGGGCACGCGCUGGCCGACGCCAAGGGCAAGGGUGCCCCGGGGUUGGCAGCAUGCCUGGCGGCCCUGGCCUCCAUCAAGGCCGCCAUGGAGGGUGCGCUCAGGCGGGCCGACAGCGGCGGCUGCAGCACCACUGGAAGCGAAGAGGGCGGCCAAAGCGAGCAGCAGCAGCAGGAGCAGCAGCAACAGCAGCAGCAGCAGCAGCAGCAGCAGCAGCAGCUGGGCCUGCUGCAGCAGCUGCUACCGCAGGUCCAGGCGUUGCUGGACCAGCACCGCGAGCAGCUGAGCCUGGAGGCGCGGCAGCAGCAGGUGCUCAGCAGCAACCAGCAGCUGCGGCCACUGGAGGGCGGGGGCGGCAGGCCGUCUGCGGUGUGCAGCAAGUGCGAGUCCACAAAGCCGCUGCUGGCCUUCAUGCAGAAGCUGAAGGAUGACGCCGUGCAGCUGCGCGCCGCCGUCAGCGCGCGCGACGCGCAGCUGGCCUCCAGCGCCGAGGUCAUGGCCACCCUGAGGGGCGACCUGGCGGAGGCGCGCGCCCAGGCCGCUGAGCUGGAGGAGCGCCUGGCGGCGGUGGCGGCACCUGGGGGCGGCUUCGAGACCGACGGCGACGCAGAGCGGCCGCACGGCGGCUGGGGCGCCCUCGCCAGCCCCAUGGGCCGCAGCCCCUGCCAUGUCGCCGGCGGGGGUGGGUUUGCCGAGCGGCUGAUGGAGGGCGACGCGCCCCUGGAGCAGCUUCACUACCAG